AUGCCCACUUCAAUGCCAUGUCCAUCUAUCCGCAUUCCCGUUGAACUUCUUACCCAAUCGUCCUUUUCUCAAUUCGGCACCGUGAUUGAAAACCCCGCCCAUUCCCCCCUCCCUCCUUCACAACGCGGCCCAGCACCAGAUGCUGUAUCUGCAAACCAAGGCUCCGCGAUCAAACUUCUCGAUGUUACCCACCCCUCAAAUCUCUACUCUCUUGCCCCCUCCAAGAAGCCUGCAAAAGCAGUCAUGAACAUGUUCAUCUGCUCACCCCGCGAGCUACGACCCCACGAGCCCAGCGAGAGCAUGCCGAGCAGCUGGGGCGAUCUUGACUUUGACGAAGACGAUUACGGGAACAACGACCGCGCCCUGCUUGACGUUUCCAUACUCGAACGCCACCCCUUCACCACCCAGACCUUCAUCCCCAUGGGCCUGUCCGCCACAGAGCGUCACACACAGUACCUAGUCAUUGUUGCCCCCACACUCCCAGCCGCAGCAUCGAAACGCCACACCGGCCGACCACCUCCCUACCCUACUCCGGAUGUCAAGAAACGCACCACCAGUAUUAAGGACAUCUUUGCGAGGGCCCGGCCUUCCCCUUUCACGAAUGAGGCCGCGCCCCCGCCCCCUCAGUACUCGCGCUUGCACCCCUCGGCGCGGCCGAAGGGGCCUGGGUUACCGGAUUUGAAAAACCUCCGCGCUUUCGUGGCGAGCGGUAACCAGGCUGUUACGUACGGCGCGGGGACGUGGCAUGCGCCUAUGGUUGUCAUCGGCCAGCGUCCGAUUGACUUCGUCGUCAGCCAGUUCGCGAAUGGGGUCGGGAUGGAGGAUUGCCAGGAGGUUGAGUUGAUGGCUGGGAGAAAUGCGGAGGAGGGGGUCGUGGUUAUGGUUGAUUCUGAUUCGUCUGGAAAAGUGAUCGUGAAGGCUGGUGUUGGGUCUGUCAUGGCCAAGUUGUGAUUUCGACAUUGUUUUUCAUACUUUUGCGAUCUUCUGAAGGAUGGCUGUGUCUUUGCAAUCUUGUUUCUUUCCUUAUCGUCGUAUGACUUCAAUGUUUCAAUGAUUUACGAAUGUUUGUAUAGUACUUAAUGCUUGCAGUUAUCGAGAAACAAAAAGGGAAGCCAUUGUUCAGUCAGUGGCUGAUAAUACUUCGCAAAAUCAUACCCCGAACGUCUGAAGUGCUUGCAACGUACUUAAUUGCUCAUUUUUACAUAUGGGGAUUCGUCCCACGAUUUUACUUGAUCAACGACUUGUAACAUUCUUGUACAUGGACCAGCCCGACCAGCGGGCUGCGCUUCCAGGAAAUGCGCCGUCGUGGCUUCCCCCGAACCCGUCGCUGCCUAGACAUUAUCGUCUGGUGGUUCAACAAACGAGUAAGGGACUAUGCCUGCUUUAUUCCUAUCCUAACAUCUCUUUCCUUACCACUCUACUCUACUCGAAUUGCCCCCCGAUCCACCGAAAACAUCUGCAUCGACUUCAAGAACGUGCAGUGUGCGAUACGCAUAUUCUCUGGACACCAGCGACAAUGAGGCACCACGAGUGUCCGCCGUGCAUUUGCGACCCCCAGCCCAAGCUGUACUUUCCGACCAAACCGGACUUGCCCAAAUACUGGUUGGCGGUGCCGCUGGUCCUUGUUGCGUUCGCCUUCUUUAUCAUUUGUUGGGUGUGUUGCUUGUGGUGCAGGGUCAACCUUUGCUGUGAGCGUCAGGGGGAUGAGAAACACGAUU